AUGCCUCGCCACCACGCUGGGCCCCGGGAUGGGGCCUCUGGCCCUCGAUGCUGCCCUCCCUCAGGGUCCUCGCUGAGGGUCCUGCCGCAGCAAGAAGAGCCCUCAGAUGAUACAGAAGCGCCUACAUUGAAGUGGCUGAGGAGAUCUAACCGUACAGACCUCCGCAGGUUCGGUGUUGUGACCCACACAAGAAAGGUCAACGGGCUGGAGUACCCCUUUCCGCCUAGGGCCCCCAAGCCCAUUAGAGAGGGCCCCUCUGCCUUUAAGCCAGCUGCAGCAGAGCCGUGGGCAGCCCCACAGAAUUACUGGGGACACACACCCAGGUUGGGCCUAGUCGGGGGCCUUGGGGAGAGCGGGGAGAGGCGAGACAGCAGCAGCAUAGCUAGCAACAGCAGCAGCAGCAGAAGCAGCAGCAGCAGCAGCAGCAGCGUUGAAAGCUCGGAGGUGAGACCGGAAGAGUGGCUUGCGUGCUGCGGUGGCGCGCGAGUGCAAAUAGAGUUAUUAUUCAAAAGUAGGAAUACAGAGAAGAAGAGGCAGUGCCUUAUGCAGUUACUUAGACAGCCAAUUUAA